UCAGACCGGCUGAACUGAUAGCACAGUCAGAUAUGUGGCCUUCCACCCUCACCCGUCCGUCUGGAUGAACCCGCCCCCGCUCCUCUAUAAAUCCAGCCCCGGUGGAGCGCGUGGGGAGACGGGCGGCUGGAAGCACGUCCCAUCGCUGCAGCCCCGUGGCACUGAGACGCCUCCGCCCCGUGGAUUAGGACAGGAAUGGCCGACGCGGCCAAACCCAGGGCCUCUUUCCUCAUAGAGGACAUUCUCUCUCUGAAGGACGGCGCGAAAUGCUGCUCGCAGAAGACGGAGAGGCGUUCACCGUGGACGGAGGGAUCUGAGGCGCUGUCAGAGCAGCUUGGCCCCGAGGGCACGGCCUUUGGAGUGGAGACAGAGUCUUUGGACGCGUCCUGUCCCGGCACCUCAGAGCCCGGCGGCUUCUCCUCCCCCUCCGCCGGCAAACAGAAGCGCUCCAGAGCCGCGUUCACACACCUGCAGGUGCUCGAGCUGGAGAAGAAAUUCAACCACCAGAAAUACCUGUCCGCCCCGGAGAGAGCUCACCUGGCCACCGCCCUCCGACUGACGGAGACCCAGGUCAAAAUCUGGUUUCAGAAUCGGCGCUACAAGACCAAGCGAAAGCAGCAGACGCCCGGGUUCUGCAAGGACCUGUGCAAUAUGGACGGACUGAGAGGCGACGUGGUCCGGAGUUCACUGAUCACCUCCUUCUGCAGAGCGCACCAGUACAGACCCUACCUGUGGGACUACAGCGCCCCAUGGGGAGCAGCACUCUGGUGAAUGGGACAUUAUGCAGUAAACUAUGACUUGUAUUCACGAAGCCAUUUUUAGUGCCUCUCGCGUUCUGUAUUUUGAUUCCUCAUUAUUAUUUGGCCCACGGUUUGAUUUCAGUGCAGUAUUUAAGUAAAAGGGUCCCAAAGCUUUUGGGGAACACGUUUUUUCAGCUCAAACUAAAGGUGAGCGUGUCUGUCAUCACUUUUUGUGAUAUAUUAUGUAAGACAAAUCAGAGCAAAACAUAACGAAUCAUAAACUCAGUUUCUACUUUUUUGAAGAAUGUGUGUAUUUAUUACUUUUAUUUAUUGUAGCUUUGUGGUGGAUACUGUAUGCACAAUGACUGACAGUUUGAGUGUUUGAAUGGCAACUUGCUAUCAACUGCAAGUGUGAAGGGAGAUUUGGAUCAAAGCUACAGAAGGUCUAUAAGAACAUUGAAAACGUUACGGCUGCGUUUAAAGUGCAUCCAUCCAGUAUCUGCAGCGUUGAAGAAGGCACUGCAGACGACCCGGCUGUCAUCAGGCGAGAGGCCAGAACAGGUCAACGGUCCCUCACAGGACCAACACAGGCUUCUGGCUGAAUGAAAGACAGCAUAGUUUCAUUGACUCAAAGAUCACACCUCAAUCACAAGGUGCUGGUUUUGCACGUCACUGUGUUAAGAAGUGACUCGUCGGACCACGAUUGUAAUCGAUCACGGCCUGUUUGUUGACGUGACACGUGAGCAGAGAGGUUGAUAACAGGAUCAGCAGCUAUUGGAGGAAACAACAGGUUACAAAGCUAAGGACUCAGCUUCCUCCUCAGCGUGAUGUCGAUGCCUCUUUCAUCACAAGGUGCAGCCUUGAGUGUAUCAGCGCCCAAAUCACAUUAGAGGUAUUGAAGGGUGCAGUACAUUAAAUUUGACUCUUUCCAAAACCCACAAUGUGAAGAUAAUACACCACAAAUAACAACACACCAGCGAUUACAAUCAUUUCAAUCAUGACAAAGACGUUUCCCUCAUGUCACAAAUGGAAAAUUAAAAAGCUUCCAGAAAUUCCACAAGUCAUCUGUCUGUUGCAUAAACUAACACUGAACCGCAUCCAUACUGUAAAAACGCAUGCCAGAAUAGAGACACUGCUUCACUCUAGUGAUAAGAGGCCAGGCAGCCUUCAGGUUGUUAGGAAGGGCACAAGCGAAGUGUGAUGGACCUGAUAAAGACAGAGUUAAACCAUUUGACUGCGUGAAACCAACCGCCUCCUAUUCAAACAAGCACGAAGCCUCAUAUUAAGACGCUGUGACAGCAGCAGACGUCAAAUCGCGCCCUGCUCCUUU